AUGGCGCGCAAUCGUCUUCGAUUGCUUCUAACCCUCCUUCUGGCGCUUUUGCUCGCCGGCCUCUUUUCCUCCUCGCUUCAGCAAUUAUUCUACCUCCUUCGGCUCCCUUUUGUCUGGAAAGCUUCCUCCGCGGCCGCAGUUAUCUCGCAAGAACAUGACCAAUUCGACGUCACAUUCGCCGCCUACGAGGCCAAUUACUCGACGGCCAAUGCGGGACAGUCCCUCCCAAUCCCUCCCAUACUGCAUCACAUUCACGUGGGCUCCAGACCGCCACGAGCGGAGUGGCUCGAGGCGCGCGAGCUGUGCCUGAAGCAUCACGCGUCCUGGAGUACGUUCAUCUGGACCGAGGAGAGCGCGGAGAAGCUGGUCCGCGAGGACUUUCCUCAUCUAUACGCGAUGUGGAAGAGCUAUCCGUAUAUGAUCCAGCGGGUUGAUGCGCUGCGGUAUAUGAUUCUACAGAAGCACGGUGGCGUAAUACUCGACUACGAUCUGGCGUGUAAACGAUCUCUUGAGCCAUUGCGGCAAUUCGACUUUGUCGCUCCGGCUGCCCACCCCGCCGGUCUCUCGAUCGGCAUGAUGCUCUCCUCGCCGGGGAAUCCGUACAUCAAGGCGCUGGUCGACAAUCUCCCUCUGUACAACCACCGGUGGUUAUAUCUCCCCUAUGUGACGGUCAUGUUCAGCACGGGCUGCCACUACGCCUCAACAAUCUACACCCUCCAGUCCAACCGAUCCUCUCUCCGCAUCCUGUCCGGCCCGCCCGACGCACCGCGCAUGCACAUGCUGAACGGGCAGGUCAACACACCGCUCUUCCGCCACCUGGGCUCCUCCUCCUGGCAUAACCGCGACGCGCGGCUGAUCUCGCUGUUUAAGAAUCUCGACCAGCGGGCGCUGUUCGCGGUCUUGGUGUUCAGUCUCUUUGCCGUCACGACGGUAAUACUGUGCUGUCUGCAUCGUUCGCGUGGUCGAUCUUCAGACGAGGAGCAAAGCACGCCCGUCCCGAAGUCAUUGACCAAGAAUGCUUAG